AUUCCACUCGGAGCUGCCUAGCUAGAGCAGAUGUCUACCAGCCGGAGGUUCGCCUUUGCAAUAUGCGUUUUAGAAAUAAGUCUGCUGAGAGCGGGGCCCACUCCCAGUUAUGACUUGGAGCCCGUGGAAAGCAGUGGCACGUCAUUGCCCAUAGACUGCAAGAUGAGCUCCUGGAGCAGUUGGUCCAACUGUGACCCUUGCCUCAAACAAAUGUUUCGCUCAAGGAGCAUUGAGAACUUUGGACAAUUUAACGGGCAAAAGUGCGUGGACGCUGUAGGAGAUAGACGUCAGUGCGUGCCCACGGAGACCUGCAAUGACCCUGAGGAUGACUGUGAAAAUGACUUUCGAUGCCAUACAGGCACAUGCAUAAAGAGGCGACUUCUGUGUAAUGGUGACAAUGACUGCGGAGACUUUUCAGAUGAGGAUGACUGUGAAAGUGACCCUCGUCCUCCCUGCCGCAACAAAGUGGUGGAAGAGUCGGAGCUGGCACGGACAGCAGGCUACGGGAUCAACGUCUUAGGGAUGGAUCCCCUCACCACCCCUUUCAACAACGAGUACUACAACGGACUCUGUGACCGAGUUUGGGAUGGCAACAGCUUGACGUACUACCGCAGACCCUGGAACGUGGCUUCCCUGGCCUAUGAAGAAAAAAUAUUUCUGCAUGUAAAAGGAGCCAUUCACCUGGGAAGAUUUGUGAUGAGAACUCGGGACGUCAUGCUGGCAACAACUUUCUUGGAUUCUAUAAAAGCUCUACCAGCUACCUAUGAAAAGGGGGAAUAUUUUGCAUUUUUGGAAACCUAUGGAACCCACUACAGUAGCUCUGGGACUCUAGGAGGACUCUAUGAACUAAUAUAUGUUUUGGAUAAAACUUCCAUGAACCAGAAAGGUGUUGAACUAAGGGAUAUACAGAGAUGCCUCGGGUUUAAUCUGGAUUUAUCUCUGAAUGCUGGAAUUGAAAUCGCAGGAAAUAUUAAUUCAGACAAUUGCUUAAAGAGGAGUGGUGAUAAAUUUCAAAACAUCACGAGUGAAAGCCUCAUCGAUGAUGUUAUUUCAUUCAUAAGAGGAGGAACAAGAAAAUAUGCAACUGAACUGAAAGAGAAGCUUCUCAGAAGAGGCAGGAUGAUUAAUGUGACUGACUUUGUAAAUUGGGCCUCUUCCUUAAACGAUGCUCCAGUGCUCAUAAAUCAAAAACUGUCUCCGAUAUAUGAUCUGAUUCCAGUGAAAAUAAAAGAUGCAUACCUAAAGAAACAAAAUUUGGAAAGAGCCAUUGAAGACUACAUCAAUGAAUUCAGUGUAAGAAAAUGCCAACCGUGCCAAAAUGGAGGGACUGUGAUUCUGCUGGAUGGACAAUGUUUGUGUUCCUGCCCAUACAAGUUCAAGGGAGUUGCCUGUGAAAUCAGAAAAUAGAAAAUCUAUGAAGAUUAGCCUGAAGCCCUCAACCACCAGAUCAACUGGGAUCUAAGAGAUGAUGAUGUUGACCUUUGCUGCCCCACGUGACUUCAGUCAACUAAAGCUUGGAUUCUGUUGACUGCCCAAGCCCCUUCAUGAAUAUGCAUGUAUCCUUACCUUAAAACUCCCCCCGUUUUUCUGUUCGGGGAGAUGCUGCUUUGAGAAAGAUCCCUGGUGUUCUGCUUACUGGCUGCAAGUAAUCAAUCCUUCCUU